UCAGACAGGCGUGCAAGCACAAACAUAACUACAUAAACCACACAAAUUCUAGAACCCAUUUGAAGCACUAUAUUCCUCACACAUUUGGGAUUAUAUUGCCAACACAUAUAAUAUACACCUCUUAGUUAGUUUCCUCUCCCACACACCAAGAUCAAAGGGGAAACCAAACCCUUCAUGGCUUCUUUGCUUCUAUCACUCAACAAGUACUCAACCCGCUCACCUAUUUCUCAAGGCCUUCUGCCAAGAUAUUGCAGCUGCAGCAACCUCAAGAAAACCAAAAAUCUGCUUCUUCCAGUCCUAGACAAACCCUUCACACCAAAAUGCUUGUCGGUCUCAAGUUUAAGCCCACUGUUGGAUGAACCUGCAGAAACGGUAGUUUUUGAGGAGGAAGAUGAUCAGGAGCAGCCUCUUUGUGAAGUUUGGAAGGAAAUUCAAGGCUGCAAUGACUGGGAAGGACUGCUAGACCCCAUGGAUUCCCACCUCCGACGAGAAAUCAUCCGGUACGGCGAAUUCGCACAAGCCUCCUACGAUUCCUUCGACUUCGACCCUCACUCCAAAUACUGCGGCACCUGCAAAUACCAAGGCGCCCAUUUCUUCGAAAAGCUGGACAUGGCCGACAGAGGCUACCAAAUCAGCCGCUAUUUAUACGCAACUUCCAACAUCAACCUCCCAAACUUCUUCCAAAAAUCCAAGAUGAGCAAGGUGUGGAGCAGACAUGCGAAUUGGAUGGGUUAUAUUGCGGUGACCACCGACGAGGAAGAGAUCAAACGGCUAGGACGGCGAGAUAUUGUCGUCGCCUGGAGAGGCACCGUCACGUAUCUCGAAUGGAUUUCCGAUCUCAAAGACAUUCUCCACCCGGCAAAUUUCCGGAAUGACCCAUCAAUCAAAAUAGAAUCUGGGUUUUACGAUUUGUACACCGAGAAGGAGAACAACUGCAAAUAUUGCUCGUUUUCUGCACGCGAACAAGUUCUCGCCGAAAUCAAACGCCUUCUUGAUUACUACAGGGGAGAAGAAAUCAGUCUCACCUUCACUGGGCAUAGUCUUGGCGCGGCGUUGGCGAUAUUAAGCGCUUACGACAUAGCCGAGAUGAGACUAAACAUUGUACGUGACGCCGGUGAAUCCGGUGACGCCAAGAUUCCGACCACCGUGUACUCCUUCUCCGGUCCUCGAGUGGGCAACCUUAAAUUCAAGGAACGGUGUGAUGAGCUCGGAGUUAAGGUUCUGAGAGUCAUCAAUGUUCAUGACAAGGUGCCCGGAGUGCCCGGGAUUAUAGCAAACGAGAAGCUCCAUUUUCAGAAGUACAUAGAGGAUACGAUAUCAUUUCCAUGGAGUUAUGCGCAUGUUGGGGUGGAGCUUGCGGUGGAUCACACGCACAGCCCAUUUCUAAAGCAAACGAAUGAUCCUGGUUGUGCGCACAAUUUGGAGGCGCUUCUGCACUUGGUGGAUGGCUACCACGGCAAGGGGCGGCGGUUUUGCUUGGUGACGAAGAGGGAUAUCGCCCUUGUCAACAAAUGCUGCGAUUUCUUGAGGGGUGAGUAUGGGGUGCCGCCGUACUGGCGGCAGGAUGAGAACAAAGGGAUGGUGAGGAGCGGCGAUGGGCGGUGGGUUUUGCCGGAGAGGCCCAGAGUGGAGGCCCAUCCACCGGAUAUGGCCCACCACCUUGAACAAGUGCUUAAGAUUGCUCGUUCUGAUCAUGAAGUUGAUCAUCAAUAAGCACCAUGGGAAUUGGGAACUGACUGUAAAAUUUGACUCUGGCUUUGGGUAAUUAAUGUGCAUUUUUUUACCUUGCUCGGUAGUUUUCUGUUUGGUUGCUGGGAAACAUUAUCAAAAGCUGCCACAUUGCAGUC